AUGAAUUACGGCCGAGGUGGCCAUCCCCCAAUGGAUCCAAUGCAGCAAGGUGGUAUGUACGGUGGACCAAUGAUGCGCCAUGAUGGGUAUCAGGACAACAUUCUCAGCCCACCACCGCAGGUGGGAUAUGGUCCCAAUGUAGGUGCACCUCCGCCACUACCGCCUGGGCCUCCGUAUAGUGGAGCUAGCCCCAUGCCUGUUGCUCGAUCUCCUGGAGGAGUUGCGGCUGCCCCUGGUGCUUACCCUGAUCCUCGUAGCAAGGGUAUUAUGAAUACUCCAAUGCCAAUGCCUAAUGCUGCUCGAAACCCCCGCGUAGCAACACCGGAACCUAGUAUGAUAGGUGGCGGUAUUCCACAAGGUCGGUUUAACCAGCAGCCUGCCUUGGUCCCUCCCGGCAUGGUGCCGCCCACAAACUACAUGCCAGGGGCAAAUGUGCCACCAGCUCAACCGCCAAUGCUGCCCACACCCAUGAACCCGGUUGACCCCUCCACUGUAGAGCGGUUUAGUUUGGGUGGCCCAGCAGAAAACUUUUACGAUUUUCUUUGUGAACACGAUUUGGUUUCCAUUGAAAGUCUUUCCAGCUUCUUUCCGAGCGGAUACAAUCCGAAAAAAGAUCCUCCAUUAAAAAUUGCUGUCGAUGGAAACUUUUGCCUGAACAGUCUUCGUGACGAGCUACGAAAGCGAGAUCCGUUAUGGUUUUUGCACUCCACUCUUCCAGAGGAAUUGCUUGACGCCGUGUCUCGUCACGUGGAGUGGAUGCGAAGUUUAAAUUUGGAGCCCAUUUGGGUCUUCAAUGGACUCAGCGUGAGUGGUGAUGUAGAAACUUUUUUGACCUCAGAAAGGGAGCUGCGCGCCCGCGAUAUUGUAUGGAGUAGGCUCGAGGAGGGUGAGAUCCCCGAUGAGGCAGACAUCCAAACCGCGUUUGAUCAGCCAUUGGGCGAGGAUGUUCAGAUGGCCGUCUCCCGCCACCUCAAGCAAGAGUUAAAUGUGAUGGCCGUCACAGCCCCGUUUCUGAACUGGGCCCAGAUGGUCGCCUUCCACAAGGAAGGUCUUGUGGAUUUACUAAUGGGGCCUCCCGAGGUGCUGCUGCUUCCCUACGAUAACAUGAAACUUAUUGUGCAAAUCGAUGUUUCCAAUAGCAAUGUGUCUCACUUUGAUCGUGAUAAGGUUCUUCGAACCUUGUUUCCAUUCCAUGUCACGGAAACCUCUACAAAAGACGCCGGGGAUAGGCUCAUGGAUCUUGGUUUAAUCACCGCCACGCAUCCUGCGCUCUCCUCCACUAGCGUAGGCCUGAACCUCACCAUGGAGGAGGUGUACAGUGAACUCUCCAGUGAGACGCCCAAGUAUCGCUCCAUUAAAGAUUUUAUCCACGCGCACACUUUUGUGCAGGAUACAAACAAAAAGAAGGCUGGUUUCUUCAUCAAGCACUCCAAGGGGCGAGGUUAUCUUCGGUACAGUGGCGUUUUCUCAUCAAAAUCGAAGGACUCUCCAUUGGUGUACCUCAUUCGCGUCCUUGAGGCCGAACUGACAAAUGCCGACAUGCCCACUAAUCUUGUUGGGGUUUUGGGGAACUUUGUUCCCCUGUCUCUUUUUUACUUGCAAUUUGCAGGACUUCUUUCGGUGCGUAUCAUGACGGUUAUAACCCAGUCGUACAUUCGCGACGACUGCCCGGUCUCCGACACAAAGGACUACCAUGACAAGCUGGGGGUGUUAAUGACGAUGCGGAGUCAGAUUAUUGCACAGGUCUUCAAGAAACUUGGAAAGGAGAGACACACUAAAAACACAGAGUGCCUCUCGUGGGUUCGCUGGUUCGAGCCCAUCCUGGCUCCCAUGCAACGGCCAAGUGAUAUUAUCAACCUGGAUGAGUGGGAUGUCUCAAGUAGUGAGGAGGUGCGUCAGCUUGACGAGGAACACUUUGAGAAGUAUAGCAUUGCCUCCGUGCUCACCUUCAGUGCCGAGGCCGCGCGACCGAUAAACGAAGACAGUAACUGCUCUCCGCGUAAGGCACUGAUGCGUUAUCACGGCAAAAGGGAAACUUUUUUUGCUGUGCUUCUUAAGACGUUUGAUUUUCUUGGCUAUUUUUCCCACUCUACGGCAUCACCGGAGACCAUGGAAGAGGGAGAGAGGAUGAUGGGGGAGGAAGGGGAGAUGCCGGCGAUGGGGCAGAUGAACAGCACGGAGACAGAUCCAAUAUUGGCCUCGGAUAGUAACAACAAUAAUUACCACGACGCCACCGAUUACUUGCCCAAGGAAGGCGUUAACGAGUACCCCACGGUGUACUUCCCCACAUACUUGAUGAACGCCAUCAAACACAACCCGCGUUCCUUUCAAAAUGCGUUUGUGGUGUUAACAGAGGUUCUUCGCGUUGGAAUUAUUAGUAGUCUGCCGUGCCGAUACAUUGAUCCGGCAGACCCGCAACAAGAAAUUUCAAUGGAGAACCAGGAAGCUAACUGUGACCCUCGUGUACUACUGGCCUCACGUAUUGGUUGCCUAAUUUCCGUGCCGUACCGCCGAGAAUCAGAGGAUUUGCCGUUUAUUUGGGCCCCAGUCUACAGCCGACACCUCUGCGCGUUUACAGUGAUGGUUCGAGCCAUGUGCCGCUGUCUGCGCGAUCUGGUGGAGGUCAUUGCCACAACCGUGUUCCUGGCCGGGAACAGCAGCUGUAGUUUGCCCGAGUUUGCCUCCUACUCCUUUUUGUUGCCGUUUGGGGAGGUGCCCUCGGCGAUUGGGGGGCUCUUGCUGCACUACGUGCUCGUCUUCCCUUCCGACUAUCAGGUCAAUCUGAUAACGCGGCAGGAGCGGCUGGAGUAUUUGCAGGAGAAGUUUCGCGAUAUCCCAGACCUGGGCAAGCACCUGCGUGUGGUGAUGACCUUCACGCUGCAAGCACUUUACCUGAUCAACGCCUACAAAGUCAGGGACAAGGGGACGGUGGUUCCGCAGCAUCUGCUUGAAGACAACACGUUGGAGUGCACAAUCCAUCUACUCUGGGAGAAGUGGUAUGAUCACAUUGACGACAACCCGCCGCAGGACAUCCACGGCCUCUACGGUGAUGCGAUGAUGGGGAUGGAGCCGUGCCCGCUCGGCGGCUGA